AUGGGUAAAGACUACUAUAAAAUUCUUGGAGUGGAUAAAAGCGUAGGAGAUGAUGAACUUAAAAAGGCUUAUAAAAAAUUAGCUCUUAAAUGGCAUCCUGAUCGACACACAGAUGAAAAGGAUAAAGCAACUGCUGAAAAGAAGUUUAAAGAGAUUAGUGAAGCUUAUGAGGUUUUAAGUGAUAAGAACAAGAAAGCAAUUUAUGAUACCUAUGGUGAAGAAGGAUUGAAAGGUGGCGCUCCACCACCUAGUGCAAGUAGUGGUACUGGUGGAGGAUUUUCUGGAGGUUUUCCGGGAGGUUUUCCGGGAGGGUUUUCCGGAUUUUCUGGAUUUCCUAGUGGUAAUACUAAUACUACAUUCUUUAGUACAACAGGAGGUCCAAGUGGUUUUUCUUCAUUUACUCCAUCGGAUCCAAAUUCCAUAUUUAGUUCAUUAUUCGGAGAAGAUGAUGACUUUAUGAAAGCAUUUCCAUCUUUUUCAAGAAGUCGUGGUGGACCCAAUGAAUUCUUUAUGCGUACACAUGGUGAUGGUGUUGGUGGUGUUAAAGGUACGACAAAUGAGAUCACAUAUCAUUUACCUUUAACACUUGAAGAAUUAUAUAAAGGAAUUUCGAAAAAACUUAAAGUUUCGCGAAAGAUGUAUGAUGGUGCUAGUGGUAAACAAAUUUUGGCUGAUAAAAUGUUAGAAAUCAAUGUAAGACCAGGAAUGAAAGCCGGAUCAAAAUUCCGGUUCCCUAAUUCUGGUGAUGAACUUCCUAAUGGGGAAACACAAGAUGUUGUAGUAAUAUUGGAUGAAAAACCACAUUCAACAUAUACUCGGGACGGAGAUAAUCUGCGUAUGACUUUGGUUAUAAGUUUGCUUGAAGCACUUAUAGGAUUUAAAAAACCCAUUAAUACGUUAGAUGAUAGAAAAUUAGCUAUAUCAAAUACAUCAAUAAUAAAACCGGGUCAAGAACAAAGAAUUGCAAAUGAAGGAAUGCCCACGAAAGAAGUGGGUAGAAAGGGAGAUCUCAUUAUAAAGUAUGAUAUCAAAUUCCCAACAAAUUUAUCCGAAGAACAAAAGAGAGAACUUGCGCAUUCAACAAAAGCAAACAAUCCAAAUAAUCCAAACAAUCCAAAUAACUUAAAAAAUUCAGCCAAAACAAAUAACUCAGCUAAAACAAAUAAUUCAGUUAAAACAAAUAAUUCAAUUAAAACAAAUAAUUCAGCUAAAACAAAUAAUUCAAAUAACCCAGUUAAAACAAUCACCAUAUCAAGUUCUACGGUAAAAUCAAAAAGAGAACCACCACCACAUGCACCACAAAAAGAAAGAACAAAUUUUGGACAUAAAUUUCCACCUCAAACAGUUUAUACCUUUAAUUUAUAUUAUGCACAACUUCAUUUCAAUAGAUUAUUAUUUAUUGCUCAACAUAAUAAUCUUAAUGUGGAAGAACAAACAAUAAUUCGACAACAAUUUAAAAAGAUUGGAGCAGAUCUUACAGCUGUUCGUGGAUCAAUUUUAGGAGCAGUUAUUAAACAAUCUAUCAUUUAUAAACAUAUGGCACCUCUUAUUAUGGGACCAGUUUGUAUGAUUUCAUCUAACGUGAGUGAUGAAGAAAAUCCAAAAUUAGUAUCGAAUAUUUUAAAUAUUCUUAAUAAACAAAAGAAAAUGUUAUUAAUUGGAGGUAAAUUAGAUAACAGUUUAUUGAAUUUAGAAGAUAUUAAACGAGUGGCUAAAUUACCUGACAAGAAACAAUUAAGAGUAGAAAUGGUUCAAACAUUAUCUUCACCAGCUGCAAGAAUUGUUGAUUUAUUAGAGAGAAAUCCAAAGAGUUUAGUGCGUUCAUUAGAGACUCAUGAAUCAAACCUUAAAGGGAAAAAGAAAAAAUAA